AUGGUUCUCCUUAUUACGACAGAUCGCAUUCUCGCCGCGUUCGAAGCUAUUCCAGCUUCGCGCCACGAGGAGCUGGACCUGCCUACCACACUCGAAGCACAAGGCCCAAUAGCCCACGAGCAACUGAUCCGACUCGCCAGAUACCUCCAAACCGACCUAGAAUAUGAAGACCAUGCCUCUCACACCCCGACAAUUCUCAGCUCCCUCCUCCGCGGCACAAAAAUCUACGUUCCUCCGCCGCCAAAGAAGCCAGAGCCUAGCGCCGAAUAUCUCGCCUCAAAAGCCCGCCUCCUCGCCGCAACAGAACAAGAAUCCUACAACCGCCUCCUAAACCCAAACUACCAGCCAAACGCCGACCAUGCGGAUCCGCACACGUCGCCAUACACGAGCGAUGGCCACGUAGAAGAAGACACCCUGACGAUCUCACUUGUUUCUAGCGUCUUCAUUUCGGUGAUUGUGACCGGGUUCGCCGUGUACGCUGCGCUCACUCGGUUUCCGACGCCGGAGCUACUGUCGAGUGAGGCGGCUAAGGUUCUUCUUGGGAUGUUCGCGGCACUGAGUGUUGCUGUUGCGGAGUCGUUUUUGUAUUGGACGUAUAUUGAGAAGGUGGAUCGGGCGAGGGUUAAGGAGAGGGCAAUUAGGGAGAGGAAGGUUGUUAUUGGGGCGGUUGGGGAGGUGGAUCAAGCUGAUCAGGGUGUUGAGGUCGGGACGGAGAAGGAGGAGAUCUGGGGGAAGGGGGUUAAUGGGGGUGUUAGGAGGAGGGUUAGGGAGAAGUGGGAGAAGGGGAGGGAUGGGGAGGACGUGAGUCUUUGA